AGCGCAACUCGGAACUACGGCGGCCGCGUGGGGGGCAAAAUUAGCAGGAGCGCGCUUGCAGCGGCCAGGCGGGGUCCCUCUCCCGUCCCCCGAGCUGUCCCGUUCGGGUUGCCCUUGCCCAAGAUGGCCGCAAGGGACAGCGCCUACUCUGCCGGAGGACAGGGAUGGGUCUGCCCUCGAAUGGCAUCACGCUCCCGGCGGGCUGUCCCUCCCUCCUGUGGAUCCCAGGUAUUUCACAGACCCCCAUGGUAUCUGCCCGCGUGUUGGCUUGGCUGUGGUGAGAGUCAGGGCUGUUGUGAGGGCGUUGAGUGCCCCGUGUUUGGUUUCGGAAGGCUCUUGGCAGACUCGGGUUCUCAGUCUGUGUGGUUUCAACAGCUCCCGAGCUUAAGAGUUCUGGGAGACUUUCAAUUGCCUACCCUCCCGUCAUGGACCUCCCUGCUGUUCUCCAACAACUGCUCCUCCAUCCCCCUCCCUGGGUACAUGUGCAGUCCGUUCGCACAAUCUCACACAAAAAUAGCCUUUACAACACUUCAUCUGAAUGGAGGCAAGUGGAAGGAAGACAUGAUAAUCAAAAAAUGAGUGACAGUGAAAAACACAUUUCACGUGGUAUGUGAAGACAGUAAGUAAUUUUUCAUGUUAUUAAAACUAGGAUUUGCUGAGUGUGCUGGGGUUGCCAUUGAAAAGAGCUAGAUAAUAUCUAAGUCAACAUUUAUGUUGGAUUUAUGCACCUCUGAGCUGUAGAGUUGCACCCACCUGCAGAAAUGGAGAAAGGCUGAAUUCUUCUGAGACAUGGUCCCUAAAAGGCCCAGGUGACCCAGCAUAUACUGUCCCCAGGACUGGAGAGACUGGUGGGAUUGGAUGGUCAGUCACAUAAACUUUCUGGACCAUGGCUGCUUGGAACAUGAAUCCCUUCAGGCUGCAACACCAUCUUCAGAUGGUCCCUGGACUGUUUCCUGCUGUGCUCACUGCCUCACCAGGGUUCAGCUGCUGCCUUUGUAGGGCUUCUCUCAUCCACUGCCACGGGACAACAGAGCUGGUCCUGAGGCCAUAAGGAGAGCUUCAGUGCUCAGCCUGUCACAUGGCAGCUGCUCUGCUCUCAGGCUCUCUGGCACAACGGUGUGGGUUGUGCUGGUAAAGCUGCUCUGAGAGUGUGGCUCUGGCUGGCCCUGGGAUCUGAUGGCCUCGGGACUGACCGAGCCUGGCACAUCCUUUGGUAAAUCAGGGUGAAUUCAUUCCAGUUAAUUUAUUUGUGCAAGCUUCUGUAAAUAGGAAGCCAGAAAUGCUGAUUGUUCUUUGCAGCUGUUCACAACAGUCUCUUGAGUUUUCUAAUCAGAAAUGCUCUUUUUCGUGUGCUGGUUCUCUCCAAAUGACAGUUCUGAUCCAAGUACUUGACAGCCAUUGCCUGUGACUGCUGCUUUGCUGUGUGACUGGCACACAGUAGUGUGGUUAAAGCUGCACUGCUCCAGGGUGCUGAUUUUGCCAGUCUGAGCUGUGCCAUGUGCUACCCAGCAGUGUCUGAUGCAGCCCUGGGAAGAUUCAGAUAAACCCCAAGGACAGCAGGAGUCAGAUGUGGAAUCAUGCCACUACAGUUGUUCUGUGUUUAAUUAGUGUGCAAAGCCAACUGAAAAGAAAGGUCAAAGAAUAAUUAAUGAUAAAUGCAGCAAUUCUUUCUGGAGCAUGAGUUUGCUCCAGCAUUUCUCUAGGAGGAGAUCCCAGGGCUAUCAAUGGAGGGAAAUUAAUAAACUGAUUGACAUAUUCAGUCCUCCCAAAGCAUCAAAUACAUCAGGCAAAUAUGAGAGGGCUGAGUGCCAGUUGCUAUCUGAUGACCACUAAUUUUGGGGUUAGAACUGCCUUAAGGAGUUGCAAUAAACACUCUCAGGCUGUGGUGCUGCCUUUUAUCUGGUGGUAACUUCUGAAGCCACUCUCAGCCAAAUGAGAUGGAGGAACAGCCCUUUAAAACCCUUGGGGUUCUUACAGGCUUUAUGGAAAUCAAGGGAAGUUUCAGGAGACCCAGGCUGGGGUGGGUUUUGCACAGGCAAUAGUUUGAGACCUGCCAGUGUUGCUCUGCUGCUCCAAGUCAGCUGGCACAGCCAGCUGCUGCCCCAGCAGUGAAGGGGCAGAGAGGGAUGACACAGAACAGAGGAGAGAUCUUGGGGCUGUCAGAGACUCAUACUGAGCUGAACGGAGACUUCCAGCAAGGAGCUGAAAGGAUACAAACCCAAAAACUCUGAGAAAACUCUGGUUUGCUUGGUUUGCUUGUUUUUUUUUUCCCAGAGGCAUAAACCUGAUCUUCUGAGUCCUGGUGUUUACCCCAAACUGAUGGUAGUGUUUGCAGCAUUGGGGCAUUUACUGGCUAUCCUUUCUUCCUGAAAUUCCUUGACUCUGCAAGUGAUUUGGUGGGACCAUGCGCAGAGGGCUGGGUGUGCUAAGGCCUGGGAGCAGUCUGAGGAGCUGCAGUUUGGGAUCUCCUGCUGUGGUGCCAGCAGCAGUGUGACAGUGGGGCUGUGGAACGCUUGUUGGUCCACACAGGGAGCAGCAAAUGCAGCUCUCAGGGGGACCUUCACACUGCCUGUCCUACGGCCUCCAGGUGUUGUUGACUUACAAAAAGAAGCAGAUCUGAUGGAGCCAAACACGCAAUAGAGCUGCUGCUGCUGCUGCUGCUGCUGCUGCUGCUGCUGCUGCUGCUGCUGCUGCUGCUGCUGCUGCUGCUGCUGCUGCUGCUGGGAGAUCUGCGCUCCCUCGGUCGCUCUGCCCAUGCGAGGCGCCUACGCAGAGCACAGGGGAUGGAUGAAUUCAACCUGGGCAUGUUGCGUCACAGAACUUUCAUAAAACACUAUGUUUAACACUGAGCCAAUUCAGGGAUGAUUCAUCUUUGUUCCUGCAAACAGAUGCUGGUAAGGGCAUUUCUUGUGUGCCCUGCUGGAAUUAUGCAAUGGUGACAUUUUUUGGGGUAAACAAGCCACUCCUUUUCCUGACUCACUGUACAAAUUAGGUGUUCUGAUUCCUGAGGCAUCCUCCAGUUCCUCCAGUCCUCCCUGGCAACUCUUCCAGCCUAAUGCUUUUUUUUUUUUUUUUUUUUUUUUUUUUUUUUUUUUUUGCAUUUGGGAGGCCACAGCUUUGUUGUUAUUCUGAGAUUUCAUCAGGGCCCUGUGCAACGACUUACAUAUCUCAGGGAUGCUUCCUGUUCCUGUGGGAUGUAUCCCACCCUGUCCCAUGUCCCAGGGGUUCACCCAACAUUUAUUUUGGCCAAGCUGUCAUGCUUUAUUUUCAUAGUCAACCACUUCAGUGUUAUACUUUGUUUCCUUCUGCCUUUCCCACUACAGACCUUGCACAGCAGUAGUUAUUGCUUGUAGUCAUUAAGGGUCCUCAGUGGGUUUGGUGUUCCUGAGAAACUCUUAUCUCACUGUACUGGGGUCCUUUACUGAUAAACGUUUGAGUUGCUUUUGCCUCUUUUCAAGUUGUCUUCUAUUGGAGUUUAUUGACUAGAACACCUGACAGCUUUUGGGUUUGUCAGUGAAAAAAUACCCAUAAAUUCAUAUGCCUUUAAUUUUUGUGGGCUACAUGAAUACUCAUUGCUUAUUUUUGGGGGGGUUCAUGUGUGAAAACUGCUGUUGAAUUGAAGGGUAUUGCUGUUUUUAGAAAUUGCUGAGACAAAGGUGCUUGCCUUUUAUUUAUUAACUUGGAAAACAGCAGAUUUUCCUAGCAGUCUGAAAUAGCACUGCUGUGCUGAAAUAGCACUUUCUGCUGCUGGCUGACAGAAGACAGCAUGAGGUUUGUGGUCUUUUAUGGAGGUUAGCAUUGGUCUGGAUCAAAAACAGAACCUGAGCAGUUGAUCUUUCUUUGGUUUCAGAGACAGGAGGAAUUAAACUGCACUUCAGAUUUCUUUGACUGGCUUAGUGUACCAGAACUUCCUUUACAUGAAAGACAGAUAUUUUUGUAAGAAAGCAAAUCAACUUUUUCUCGGCGCCCAGAAAGAUUGUAUUUCUGCUUUGAAUAAUUUUCAGAAUGAGUUUUAAAUGGCAGUGUUAAAAAAAAAAAUCCCCAAAGAUGAAGUUCCUGCCAGCUAAGUUAAGGCAGUUAAUAAUCUAGUGGAAGCUUGUCAUCUACACAAGGGAGAGAUGGGCUUGUCCAGAGAGCUCCGAACUCGCCUGAGACAUCUCUCCUGGGUGGUGAAGGGAUGAGCUGAUGAUGUGAGCUGAACACCAAAACUCUGGGUACUUGAAGUGAAGCAAGAGGAAUCAAAGGGGUCUGAUAAACAGCACUGUUCAGCUUUUGGGCACUGGCUAAACAACCUUGACAGCAGCAUCUCUAAAAAAUGGGCUGUCCAGAUGCAGUAUGCUGGGGACAUGGCUGAGCCUUCACAGCCAGCAGCACCAUUGCCUUCCUCCAUUUCAAGUGAAAGAAAACCAGGCAGGUCUGUAACAGCUGGAGCAAAGAGAGACUGGAGAGGCAAAGUGGGUUAUAAACAGCAGCUCUGUGUAUCACACUAUUUCUUUGUCAUGUUUUGCUCUAUGGGAAGCCAGUAGGAAACAGAUCUGUGAAUCCCACUUGGAUGUGCCCCACAUUCCCAAGCUCGGCCCUGUCCCAGCUGAGGAGGAGCUGCUGGUGACAGCCAGACAGGGACAGUGGGGAAGGACAAGUGCUUCCUCAGGCAGGUUUCUUCCAGCUGCCCAGGCACUGCUUGUCACUCAGUGCCUCUGGGAGCAGGAGCUGCUGCUGGGUUCACCCUCCUGGGAGCCUCCCACACCCAGUCCUGGCACCCCUCUGUCUCUCUCUCUGUCUGUUGUUCUGACACACGUGGCUCAUUGCUUCUGCCUCAGCCUUUGCUGACAGCGGUUCAAAGCCACAGGAUCAUAUGAUGGAUGCUCCCUCUCUCUGUGUGGUUACACAGGAGUGUCUCUGUGUUUUAAGAACAAAAAGCUGGGGUUUGGCUGGCAGCUGCUGAACUGCACUGUGCCUUUGUGUGCUGCAGGGACUGCGAGUGCAGAGUGCUUUCUCAAACAUUUCAUUAGAUUUCUUUGUCUUCAAGGCAAGUGUGUGUUUUCAGGCAAGAGCCAGAUGCAGAGAAGCCCUAUGGGCAUUUCUGAGCAAUGGAUCCCUUCCCUGUGCUCCUUCCCUGCUCAUUGUUUUGGAGGUUGACAGGGGCAAUAGAAUGGACACAGACACCAAGAGGAAGAAUGAUCUUGUUUUACUAUUAAUAUUGAGGCAAAACAGAAGUAAAAGGAUACAUUUGGUAAAACAAUAAGCUUAUUACUCUCUUGGCUUUAGCAACAAGUAAAAAUAAGCAAGGUAAUGCAUCUAAUCAUUACUAUAUGAGCCAGAGAGGGAGAAUAGUGACUGGGGAAGAUACAUCACCAAUUGCCUGAAUGCUCCACCAUCAGGCAGAGCCUGCAGUGGGCAGCCCUGCUCUGCAGCGAGGGCCUGGAGAACCCUUCCAGCAACUGGGAAAUUGCCAUGUGGUGCAUCCACCCCUGGCUGAGCUCUCCAGCCUGCCCAAAAACGGGGUACAGCUUUAUAGACCCAAACUGGCAAGUCCAAAUGACUUGUUUACCUUUUUGUGCAGAAAACAUCUGAUGGCCAGCUGAAGACAGGGCUUGGCCAGAGCCCAGGCCACAGCCAGGAGGGUUUUGCCUAAAAUAUUCUCCUGACAAGUCUCUAGGGAUAUCUGUAGGGAAGAUUUCUUGGUAUAGCCUACACAAGGUUAUACAAACAUCUCUACAACAGCCAGUUUGGCAUUAAGAAUAACUAAUAUAAAUGUUUUAAUAAUCUAUUUUUAAGUAAAGAACCUUGAUGGUAUUAAUAGCAUCAUGCUCAAGAUUCAUCUUAUAAGUCAUCUCAGGCUUAGGCCUGCUGUUCAGGCCUUAGCAUAUCUCUCAUGCACUGUUCCUGGGCUGAACUUCCCCCUGCUCAGGGACCAGCUUGCACACCCAAGUGUCCAGUGGAGGUGUGAAAAAACAAACUAUGCCCCCCAAGCAGCUGGGCCUUUGGCUGCAGGAGAGGUUUGUGCAGGAGGUGUGUAUUGGUCCUGUAGGGCACUGGAGCAGCCCUUCCCAGCUGCUGAGCCUCCUGGAGCACCAGGUCCUCCCCCAGACCUAUGCUCUCAAGCCUGAUCCAGCCCCAGAGAACUGCAGUGGAGGUGCCUGAGGGUUUGUCCUAUCCUUUUGCCUUAUUUUCCAUUAGGAAUGUGGAAAAAAGGCACGUGGUGUUCUACAGUGCUGUACUCUGCAGAUGGCACAGAGGUUUCCUGUUGUGUGGGCUCUGGCAGCUGCUGGAGGUGGCUGCAGAGCCAUGCGAAAUGAGUGUCCAAGCCUGUGGGCACUUGUGGGUCAAAUAUUUUUGCCCUGUCAAAGCUUAGUGUUGUUUUAAACCACUGAGUACAAAUUUUGAUUCUCUGCUAGGAAAUAAAGGCAACAGGAAUACAGAACCCACCUCCUCGUGUACAGCUUUAGUAACAGUGAAUAUAUUUCUUGGUUUAAAGUAAUGGAAUUGCAAAUUCAUCCUGUGACAAGUUUUCUGUCCAUCCCUGCUUUGUUCCAUAAGGCAGCCAUGCUGUCCUUAGAGUGGGAAGCAGCCCUGCCUUGGAAAGCCACUGCUAAGCUGAAACCUGUAUCUUGAUCGAUAUUUUUCCAGUUAAUCCUCAGAAGGGAUGGGAGAGAAUGGGCUAAAUGAUAAAAUAAAAGUCAGGUGAGCGGCAAGCUUUCCCCAGAACAUCAGUCAAACUUGUGGAAAGCUUGAUCCUGGUCCAAACCAAUGCAGCAAAGCCAACAUCAGCCCUCAGUAGUGCAGACUUGUGACUUCCACCAUUCGGUGACCGUGGGUUACAUUGAGAAGUACUCCUCUUCCUAAUCCUUCAGUUCUGUGGGUAUUGAUUUGUGUACAGAGCCACCAUUAGUUCCUGGGAAUUCCCCACAGGAAGUCCAUGUAAGGACCAGCUGCUGGAAGGGUUGCAUUGCCACCCGGAGUUUCAGCUGCAAUAGCUGGGAUCUAGUCCAGUCUGAGAGGCGAAGAGGGGAUGUGUAAAACCAGAUUUAAGGAAAAUGGAAGCAUGGCUUGUCCUGAAGUUGUCUUUCAACAUUCUCACUGAGUUAAACUGUUGAGGCCUGCCAGACUGACAGAGGGGACUGGGGCAGGGACUGGUCAUCUGUGAGAUGGAGUUGGGAUAGACACAGGAAUGCCACCUGUGGAUGGGAAGGGCCCUCGUGCCCCUGUACCUCACCUGUGCUGCACAGGGAGCAAGGGCUAUACUGUCCCCCUGCCCUGGCCCCUCUGGCAGCUCUGCGGGGGAGAGGCCACUUUCUGCAUGCAGAGAGAUACCUGCAGGGAAGGGACUUCUGUUGCAAAGAAAAUUUUUUCUCUUGAACGUGAUGAGGCCCUGGCACAGACUGCCCAGAGCAGCUGUGGCUGCCCCUGGAUCCCUGGAAGUGUCCAAGGCCAGGCUGGAUGGGGCUUGGAGCAGCCUGGGACAGCAGAAGGUGUCCCUGCCCCUGGCAGGAGGUAGAGUGGGAUGGGAUUUGAAAUCCAACCCAAACCAUGCUGAGAGUUCAUGAUUUUCUCUGGAAGGAGCCACUGGGGAUUGCCCUUAUUAGUCAAAUCUUACGACUGAAGUUAACCCAAAUGUCGUAUUAGUGGCAUUUAGUGGGUGCUAUGGGGCCUGAGUGAGCAUUUUGUACAGUAUUUGUGAUGUUACAAGUGUAGUCAUUUUUAGCACUACUGGAGAUUGCACUGACACAGGCAAGAGGAAGGCUCUGUUGAAACAGGCAAGGGGAAAACAAAAGCAGGGAGAGUUGAAGAUGCUUGCCCCAAGUCAGAUGUGAACGAAUCUCCAGAUCCUGAGCCCAGCCCUGGUCCUAAUCCCCUGGUUCCCUCUGCUUGGGACCUGGUAAUUAAAAUCAAGGAUAAUUUUCUGAGAGGGACAAGUGGAGGAUGGUCAUAGAAAAGGAAAGGCCACCAAGUCAAGCAGAGUGUCACUGAGUCAUGCCUGUUACUGGAAAAUGAGAGUCCUGAGGCCUGGCAACAGCUCUCAGUGCACCCAGUAUGGAGGAACCCACAGCUUGCAGUGGUCUGGCCUGGAGAAAAAGAAAAAAUGUUUGGACUGCAGGGACAGCAAGUGUCCUCCCUGCACAGUGCCAUCCCCUCCCCAAUCCCAGGGUGGGUUUUGGCCACAGCAACUCUGCACAGCACAGCUUUCCCUGCCAGUGUGCAGGGGAGAGCAUGUUCAGAGCACUGGAUGUCUUGAACCCUGCACAAAAAAUACACCAGGGUGAUCAGGAUGUCCAGCACAGAGUCAUGGAAUCAUUAAGGUUGGAAAAGACAUCUUAAGAUUAUUCAGUUCAACUUUUAACCCAGGUCUACCACUAAACUGUGUCCCCAAGUACCACAUCUACACAUUUUUUUAAUGCUUCUAGGGAUGGUGAGUCCACCACCACCCUGGGAAGCCUGUUCCAAUUCCUGACCAUCCUUUCCAUGAAGAAAUUUUUUCCUAAUAUCCAACCUAAACAUCUUCCUCUGCCAUUGGCUGGAGCACCAUAUGGACACAUGAACCCCUGAGCUGCUCUUUGAAAAUCCCCAGGCAUAUCCAUACUGUUCUGAACCUGAACAAAAGCACUGCUGGCCACCCUACAGCCAGCCCCACUGUCUGCCCUGUUUCUGUCCCUGUGGGGCUGAGGAGCAAGGGAGGCUCCCCAAAACCAUAUUCCCACAUAAAUGGUCCUUCACUGGGGACAUCUUCCUUGCCCACUCUGCCUCUUCCCACCUAGAGGAUGGGCUGCUUCCAGGUUGAAAAUAUGAUGAAUUUUUUCAUUAGAAAAGUUUGCAGCUCAGGGUCUGGCUGGGAAGGUCCCUCCCUGAACCCACAGCACCCUGACCCGUGGGAGCUCUGGUGGGUGGGUGAUCCUGAGGGCACUGGCACCGUGGUCUGUGCGCUGCUCCUGGGCUGCGCGGGGCUCCCUUCCCUCUGCGGUGGGGUGCACAAGCCAGGCUUCCCCAGUGUGCUUCCCCUACACAACCUCCAAGGUAGCAAACAUCUGUCUCAUGUUAGAAACCCUGCUGGACCCCAUGAGCAGGAGCAGAGCCACAUGUUUUCUUCCCUGGCAUCAGAUGCAGCUCAGGACAUUCCUGCCUCACCCCAAGGCCUCAUCCAGAUGCUCCCAGGCUUUUAAGGUUAUAAAAAAAUUUCUGCCCUCCUCAAGCCCUGAUGCGACGUAGUGGCCACGAGCAAACCAGCUGGGAGUGUCCAGCUCAGCCCGUCCUGUUCUGCUGGCUGAGCUGGGCAGGAGGUGCUGGCAGCACCGUGUCUGUGCCAGGUUGUCUGGGACAGAGGUGUGGCAUCGGAGCAGAGGACUCCCAGCUCCAUCUCCUGGUGCCGAACGAGCUCUGAGGGCUGAGUCCUACCAGAGCUGAGGGUGAGGUGACCCUGCCCGGGCACAGGUCCCCCCAGCCAUGAGUGCUCCUGGAGGUUUCCUGGCACCAGUUUGGUGGGGAUGAGCCUCCUGGCACAGCUAGGGGUCUCAGGAGAAAAAGAAGGGGGAGAGGCAUUCUCAGGGAGAGGGCAGAAGUUCAGCCAAAGUGCGAGAGUGUGGCAGGAGGUGCUGGGGAGCGCUUUGGGGAGCGGGGCUGGAGGGGAGCCUGUGGCUGGAGCUGAGGACUGUGGUGCUCAGACUUGCCAGUGACUCAGCUGGUGACCUAUGGUCCUUCUUCCCCAUGCCUGAACCUGCGACCAUUUGUGGUCAUGCCCGAAGCCUCCAUGAGGCAUGACCUGCCUGGCUGUGACUGUCCCUGCUCUGGCUGCUCAGCAUGGCUGCUGGGUGCUCAGCCUCAGACAGGCUCUGCCAGAGGAGUCACUCCCCACCUGUUUAGUCCCGUGGGACUGGGCUCUUUGAAGUCCCCACCCCACCUGUCCUGUGGUGCAUGACUCGGCUGUCAGCUGCCCCAGGGACCCUUCCCUUGUGCUUGUCACGUCUUACCUAAGCUGCCAACCACAUCCCCAUGCUCUCCCCAUCCCAUGGCCAGAGUUUUGGGGGUCUGAGCCCUGGGAAAGCAGUGGGAUGUUUAUAGCCAACAUCUGGAAAACCAUGUCCUCCCAGUUGCUGCCACAACAGAGCAUCCCUGCAGCCAGAGCUCCUGUGCUGCAGCCCGGUCCUCGCCAAACCCUCUGCCCUGUGUCCUGCCUGAGGAAGGAUGAGAGCACUGGGGUUCGCCCUGUGCUGUUGGAGUACACCCUGGCUCUCUGGGAUGGACCUUGUCCCAUGGGGGUGCAUGCAUUGCCUGCCUGGCCCAUGAUGGCCAUUCCUUUGUUCUCUGGGACACAGGGAGGAGAAUGGAGCCUCGCAGCCUUCCUCCGGUGGAAGGUAAUUCCAGACUGUGUAGGUGCCACCCCAGCACAGUGCCGUGGUCUGGAGACCAUCCACAUCUGCCACGGUAGCCACGAUGGGGGAGCCCACGGGAGGGGGACUGCCCCCUUCCUCCGGCGCCCGCCCUCCCUCCCACACGGACUGACAGCGGGUCAGGGCUGGGCUGGCGGGGUGGCAGGAGGCAGGACAGACAGACCCUGGGCGUGCCCUGCUCUGCCUCCCACCCACCUCGCCUCUGGCUUUGCUGCUUUCCCCAAGCAGCCACGGGGACUCGAUGGCCACGACAGGGAUUCACGUCCAGGCGCUCUGGCCGCGGAAAGACCGGUCCAGGCUGCGCGCAGACUGUUUGGAGGGAACUCUGAGGAGGUGCUCUCCUUCUCCAAAACCUGUCUCUCCUGCUUCUUGCCACCCCUGGCUCUACUUGCCUGGCCAGAUUGCUCAGGCCAGUCUUCCCCGGUUUUUGUCCCCAGGAUGAUCCCCGGUGUUUUUGUGUGCCCGCCCAGGCUCAGCUGCCUGCACAGCAGUGGGAAGGUCUGCUGGACCCGUCCUGGCUGCCAACGUGAACGCAGCACAGCCCCAGCCAUGCCAGUGCCAGCCACUGGGCCUGCUGGGGUGGGCAUGGAGGGGACCGGAACUGACCUGGUCACUCUCCUCCGCUUCUGCCUGAUCCCAGGGCAGCAGAGCAGGGGGUGCACUACCCUCCAUGAGAUGGUCAAAUUGAUUCACCUUUGUAUUCCUUCAGAUUUCUGUCAGAAAGAGGUGGUGAUGAAAACACCACCUUUAGGUGCCUGGUUAUAGGGUGGCACAGGAGCAGUUGGAGUCCAGUUGCCUUUGGAAGGAUCUUCCUAAAUAAAAGCUCACCUGUGAGUGUUCCUCUAUAA